CCACCUUGAAAUAAUCAAUCGAAUCGUCUUGCGACCGACAGAUGUUUUGUGUAUGACUGGACCAAACCUUGCACUAUGUGAUCAUGCUGAAAUUGGUUGUGAUGACGAUUGCUCAUCCUAGUCGAAACUGAUCUUGCGUGACAGUGAGUAGACUUGCUCUUGGAAAGAAUAUUCGAAAUGCUUAAUGAAGCUCUUGCAAUGCCAGAGAUUGUGUUGGGCUUUUCAAUUGUCAAGAGGUGUGGCAAGCACCGUCCCAACGCCUGGAGAGGAUUUACCACCUACGUUUGAAAUACCAUCACUUCAUUUCCAUCUUUGCUCCUCUGCUGCAGUUUCAUCGGUUGCUAUCGUCAAUGUUGCGGCACCAACGGAGGGACUGAGUUAUCUACAGAGCAUCACCGUAUCCUCAUCGUCAAUCCCACGAGAAGUGCAAAUGCGGUUGCAUGACUUCUUUGGUCAUUUGAAUAAACUCUGUAGUGAAGCGCAGUCAAGCUACCACCUUCGAUUGUGUUCUACCACAACCUACUUUACCAGACUUUACCUCUCGCGCAAUCUCUCGCGCCCGCUCUCUCCACCUUCACCUACCCUCGCUCCCUCGUCUCCCUCUAUUUAAAGUCCCGCCCCCUCCCCUCCUACCUAUCCUCUCUUCCUACACCUCCAACGCGCAACC